UUGAUAUAAGCUCACGGGAUUCGAUUCAGGAAUGGCAGAUUCAUUCCAAAUGGCUAACCAUAUCUCGUUAUGUGUGUGGCUACUCUCACUUGUUGUGUUAGCAAUGUCUCAUGAAACUUACAUAGUUCACAUGGACUUAUCCGCUAAGCCCACCGCAUUUUCAAGCCACCAUACCUGGUUCUCCGCCACACUCGACUCCCUCACCACCACCACCACCACCUCAACCCACGUAACUUCUUCUUCAUCCUCCAAACUUGUGUAUAGUUACACAAAUGCAAUCAAUGGUUUCACAGCCAUUCUAUCGCCAUCUGAGCUUGAGCUCAUUAAAAACACACCGGGUUAUCUUUACAUGGUUAAAGACACAACAGUUGAGCUUGACACAACUCACUCCACUCAGUUCCUUGGACUGAAUUCAAAUUCGGGUGCAUGGCCGGUUGCAAGCUACGGGGAAGAUGUUAUUAUUGGGAUUGUGGACACAGGAGUUUGGCCAGAAAGCGAGAGUUUUAUCGACCAUGGAAUGAGUUCUGUUCCAGAAAGAUGGAAAGGGGAAUGUGAAGAUGGAUUCCAGUUUAAUUCGUCUUUGUGCAACAAGAAACUAAUAGGUGCGCGUUAUUUUAAUAAAGGGCUUUUAUCAAACCGCCCCAACUUAACUCUGUCGAUGAACUCGGCUCGUGAUACGGAUGGGCAUGGGACCCAUACGUCGUCCACGGCUGCUGGGGGCUACGUGAAACGGGCUUCAUAUUUCGGGUAUGGAACUGGGACUGCCAUCGGUGUGGCUCCACAUGCCCGUGUAGCGAUUUAUAAAGCUGUUUGGGAAGAAGGCGUAUUUGUUUCUGACAUUCUUGCUGCCAUUGAUCAAGCAAUAAUGGAUGGGGUGGAUGUGCUAUCACUAUCACUUGGUCAAGACGGGAUUCCGUUACACGAAGACCCGAUUGCGAUAUCCUCAUUCGCAGCGCUCGAGAAGGGUAUUUUUGUAUCUGCAUCCGCGGGAAACGAUGGGCCUUAUUUAAGAUCACUUCACAAUGGGACACCAUGGGUUCUCACUGUCGCGGCCAGUACAAUGGAUCGCGAAUUCACUGGAAUGUUAACUCUUGGCAAUGGAGUUUCGGUUACGGGUUUAGCUCUUUAUCCAGCAAAUUCGAGUUUGACCCAAGGCCCGAUUUAUUUCGUUGGUGCUUGCGAGAACGAUUUGGAUGCUGGUAAAAUUGAUGAAAAGAUUAUUGUGUGUCAAGACAAAAAUGACACACUUGAUGAACAAUAUUAUAAUGUUCAAGGAUCGAAUGUUUUGGGGGCCAUUUUUGUUACAAAUAAUACUGAUGUUGAAUUCUUCAUGCAAAGCACAUAUCCGGUAUUGUUAUUAGAUCUAGAAUCGGGCAAAACCGUCAUGGACUAUGCGCGAAAAUUCAAUAGUGGGGAAGCGAAAGCGAGUCUAAAGUUCCACGGGACACGUCUUAAGACAAAGCCAGCACCAAGGGUGGCAAGCUAUAGCGCACGAGGACCGUCUUAUAGUUGUCCGGUCGUCUUAAAGCCCGACAUCACAGCUCCUGGUUCACUAAUACUCGCAGCCUGGCCCGAUAGUGUCUCACUGGCCUCACUCAAGAAUGACGUUGGUACCGCAACCGAACUAUUAUAUAGUAAAUUUAAUCUUUUAUCAGGCACUUCUAUGUCAUGCCCUCAUGCCAGUGGAGUGGCAGCUUUACUUAAAGCUGCCCACCCCAACUGGAGCCCGUCCGCCAUCCGGUCAGCCAUGAUGACUACCUCGGACAUUCUAGACAAUACACUUAAACCAAUUCAAGAUAUCGGUGACUACAACAAUCCAGCAACCCCUUUAGCCAUGGGUUCAGGCCACGUUGCACCCAACAAGGCCAUGAACCCUGGACUCAUAUACGAUGUCAACCCGCAAGAUUAUGUCAAUCUUCUUUGCGGGUUAAAUUAUACAAAGAUUCAAAUUCAAGCAAUCACAAGAUCAUCUAAUGUCAAUUGCUCCAACCCAUCUUUGGACCUAAACUACCCUUCAUUUAUCGCGGAUUUUGAAGGAAACAAGACAAAGUCAGUUAAAGUUAUUCAUGAGUUUAAACGAACCGUGACAUAUGUUGGUGUCGGAAACUCCACAUUUACCGCGAAACUGACUGCGGUCGGUAGGUUAAAUGUCAGUGUCUCUCCGAAGAAACUGAGUUUUCAAUCAUUGAAUGAGAAGAAAAGCUACAAGUUACGAAUAGAAGGGCCCAAUAACAUGAAGGAAAAUGAAGUGGUUUAUGGAUUUUUAAGUUGGAUCGACAGUAAGGGAAAGUGGUAUCUAAAAAAGGUGGAUAAACACGCUAAAGCAUGUGCUGAUAACCAACAUGCAUUUGUCCCAUUCGCCUUCGACACCAAAUGUAACUUAGUGUGAAGCCAACAAAAGCCAGCUGGAGAGCACUGAAGGCUUAGAAAAGUGGCUAUAAAAGUUACCUAAUUAAAAAGGAGAAUUAUUUUCAAUAAUUAGGGUUAUUCCCUAUAAAUAUAUUACAAAUGAAAAUCGAGUUUUAUCCCAUUUAUCUAUUUUAAAUAUUAUGGUGUUUAACUCUGAUAAAAAUAUUUCCUAACUACA